AUGUAUGGCAAGAGCCCUACGCGUGCUGUGCUUUUUCUCCUUGGCUUACAGCUCACAGCUCUUUGGCCAAUAGCAGCUGUGGAAAUUUACACUCCCCGUGUGCUGGAGGCUGUCAAUGGGACAGAUAUUCGGUUAAAAUGCACUUUCUCCAGCUUUGCCCCAGUGGGUGAUGCUCUCACGGUGACCUGGAAUUUCCGUCCUCGAGAUGGGGGCCCUGAGCAGUUUGUUUUCUACUACCAUGUGGAUCCCUUCAAACCCAUGAGUGGGCGCUUCAAGGACCGAGUGGUCUGGGAUGGGAACCCUGAGCGGUAUGAUGUCUCCAUCCUCCUCUGGAAGCUGCAGUUUGAUGACAACGGGACAUACACCUGUCAGGUGAAGAACCCGCCUGACGUUGAUGGGCUGAUCGGGGAGAUCCAGCUCAGCGUCGUGCAGACCGUACGCUUCUCUGAGAUCCACUUCCUGGCUCUGGCCAUUGGCUCCGCCUGUGCACUGAUGGUCAUAAUAGUAAUUGUGGUGGUCCUCUUCCAGCAUUUCCGGAAAAAGCGACGGGCUGAAAGAGCACAUAAAGUGGUGGAGAUAAAAUCAAAAGAAGAAGAAAAGCUCAACCAGGAAAAAAAGGCUUCUGUUUCUUUAGAAUACACAGACUAA